AUGUCUACCCCAUCAGAUUUGGAGCAGCUCCUAAGCAUGGGAUUUGAUAAAUGGCGAGCAGAGCUAUCGAUCAAAGCGACCGGGAACCUAAGCAACGCAUUAGAAUGGCUUGAGAAGAAACAAGACCUGUCGGACGAGCAGCUGAAGACCGAGAUCGAUGAUCAAGCAGCAGCCGACGAAAACAACCCAACGCUAGAACCCAAACCUCUGGCAGCUGGUGAAGUAGCCAGGUCGCUAGUCUGCGAUAUAUGUGGAAAGAAGUUCCGCAGUCAGGCUCAGGCUGAGUUCCACGGCGAAAAGACAACCCACGAUCAAUUCAGCGAAUCUACCGAGGAAAUUGCGCCACUUACAGAAGAGGAAAAGAAGGAAAGACUUGCGGAGUUGAAGGCCAAUGUCGCCGCGAAGCGUGCGAAACAGGCGCUUGUCGACAAGGAAGAGCAGAAAAAGAACGAGAAAAUCAGACAAAAGGCCACCCGAGAAACCCAAGACCUCAAAGAAGACCUAGCGAAACGUGAACAGAUCAAGGCAGCACAGAAGAAGCGUGAGGAGAAAGCAUCAGAUCUUGCCGCAAAGAAGCGGAUUCAGGAAAAGAUUGCCGCCGACAAAGAGGAACGUCGUCUCAAGGCCGAAAAGGUAAAAGCAGAACGCGAGGGCCGAGCCGUCGAAGCCGCAGCAGAGCCAGCACCAGCGCCGGUUCCAGCCGGGGAGCGAAAGAAUGUGGUACAUACUGAGGUCAGAUUGAGAUUACAGCUAGCCAGCGGAACUGUACAGAAGACUUUUGGCGUCGAUACGACUCUGUUCGAAGUUGCUCAGGCACUUCAGGCUGAAGGAGCUUCCGAGGUCCAGAGCUUUACCAUGACUUUCCCGAGGAAAACAUUCAGUGGGAGCGUAGACUUUGGAAAGACACUCAAGGAGGCUGGCUUAGUGCCCAGUGCUGUUCUCAUCGUCAAGUAG